GUGGAGUCGAGUAGCGCUCCCUUUUUGCGGGUCUGUUCGCUAAUUGAACGACACAGAUGCACUUGUGUUCCUUGUUCCUCAGGCCGGAGUGGUCAUUGGUUCUAGUCACACAGCUUUUUAGGGUUUAAGAGGUAAACCAAGAUUUCAUUUUCAAGAUGGAAAACCCAUCCGACUCAGCUGUGAUUUUACCUAGCACUCCAGGGGCCUGCGCCAAUCCACCAUCUCCCCGUACAAGUAGCACAAGAAAACAACCUAUGAGUGCAACACUUAGAGAACGAUUGAGGAAAACUAGAUCUUCAUUUAAUUCCUGUUACAGUGUGGUGAAACGUCUUAAAGUAGAGAAUGAAGAAAACGAUCAGACUUUUCCUGAGAAACCAGCAUCUUCAACAGAAGAAAACUGUUUGGAACUUGAAGAAAGUUUUAAACACAUAGAUGGUGAAUUCAAAGAAAGUACAUAUUUGAAAAAUACCUUCAAGAAUAUCAGUGCAUGUGAAUCUAAAUCUCUUGAUACUGAGUCAUGCAGUGAUCUCCAAAGUGACUUUGUGAAUGAGGAUCUUCCCAAACAAGGAUUAAGUGAAGAAAGAGCAAAAUUGGUGAAGCAGAUUGAGGAGAAAGAAGACUUUCUUCGGAGGCUAAAACUGGUCAAAAUGUAUAGAUCAAAGAAUGAUCUGUCUCAGUUACAGGUGUUAAUACAGAAGUGGAGAAGCUGUAGCCAGCUGUUGCUUUAUGAGUUGCAGUCAGCUAUGUCUGAGGAGAACAACAAACUCAGCCUUACUCAGUUGAUAGACCACUGUGGGUUAGAUGAUAAAUUGCUACACUAUAACAGAAAUGAAGAAGAAUUUAUCGGUGUUUAAUUCAUAAUUUUUUCUCCAGAAUAUUUUUGAGAAUGACAACUUAAAAGAUAAUACAUUUUAAAGGGAAGGUAGAAACCAUUAGGGCCUAGAGAAAGGUAUCUUGAUGAACAUCAAUUUAGGGUACUCUGUUAUAUAAAUAUAAAAUAAGUUCUAAAAUGAAAAUUUAAUAUUUUGGAUAAAUUUGCCAAAGAAAACUUGACAUUUAAAGAAAUGUGAAAAAAAAUUAAAUCAUGUUUAAAAAAUAAUUUGGUCAUUUCUGGAAGUCAAAUUUAAUACAUUGUUUUGUUUACUGUGGUAAAAAAGUUCUAUUUUUUUUUAAGGUUUUAUUUUAAAUGUUAAGAAAUAGUUCAGUCUGGUUAAUGUCUAAACCUAAAGUGGUCUAAAAAUGUCUGCCUGUCUCCUAAGUUUAUGAACCGUGUUUUUAUCCAUUUACCACAUAUUUCCUUCUGGAUGGUGUAGCAGGUAAUUAAAGUUGUUCAUACGUCCAAAA